AUGCGAUUAGUCUUUUUAAUACUUCUACUACUUCCAUUUUCCCGGGCUAAUUGGAUCGAUUAUCUGAUGAACACAACAACAGGUAUAUACUUCAAUAGUAAAAUUUCCGAAUUUGCAGAAUAUGAUUUUUUAGAUUUAUACUGUAAUGUAUUAACAUGCUGUGAUGACCCAAAUAUUCAUUUCAAGUACCAUUUUCUGGAAAGAGAAAUCAAAACGCUGGUUUUCGGGCAGCAUUUGGUGUCAGACGUAGUCCUAAACGCGAUAAAAUCUCAUUGGUUGAAGGAGAAUCCGCAAAAAGCACUGGUUUUAUCUUUUCAUGGUCCGACAGGCUGUGGUAAGAAUUAUGUGGCUGAGAUAAUAGCCAGAAAUGCAUUUAGUGGUGGUCUCCGCAGCAAUCAAGUAAAACACAUCGUGGCGACAAACGAUUUCCCGGAUGUUAGAAAAAUCAAUGAAUAUCGGAUUUCUCUUCGAGACCUAAUUAUAUCCACAGUGAAGAAAUGUCCAAGAGCUCUUUUCAUUUUCGAUGAAACUGAUAAACUUCCAGCGAAGCUUCUGGAUACAAUCAAACCAUUCAUAGAUUAUCAUCCUCUGAUUUCUCGCUUCGAUUUUCGAAAGACCAUUUUUAUAUUCCUUAGCAAUCGCGGAGGUUCUGAAAUUGCAAAUAUUACAUUGGAAAAUUACGAAAAUGGGUUUCCGCGAGAACAGUUGACAAUGAACCAUUUCGAACGAAGACUCUCUGAACAUGCUUAUAAUGAAGAUGGAGGUCUAAAAGAUAGUUCAAUUAUUUUCCAUCACCUCAUCGAUCACUAUAUUCCAUUUCUUCCAUUACAAAAAGAGCAUGUCAAAUCCUGCAUUAAAACAUAUCUUCAAAAAAGAAGACAUGAUAAUUUGAAGCCAAACGUCAUUCAGAAAAUUCUGGAUUCUCUUGCUUAUUUCCCAAAAUCUUCGAAUGCGUUUUCUGCUUUCGGAUGCAAACGAGUGGUGGCAAAGACUGAUCUGGAAUUGUCAAAAUUGGGAAAUGAUGAGCUCUAA